AUGGCGUCAACGAACAGCAGCGCUACAACUUUCUACAACAGUCUUCCACCAUCGCAACGCUCUCUCUACAAGCAGUACGCACGAACGGUCAACAAGCUAUGUGCUCAACGGUCGAGGAAAGAGUUCCUACGACAGUGCCGUCGUCACGGUGUACGACCAGCGCACAUACAAAACACCUUCCGAUGCACCCAUGGUUUGCUAGAGGAUGCCAGCCCAUACCGAAACAAAUUGGAAAAAGCUAUGGAGCAGUUCACGCGCACAAUUCUCAACACCGAGAUAAAAGACAGCUACUACAAAAUACAGCAGCUGGAAAGAGCCAUGUCCAUCCUCACCAGCCAAAUCACUCAGGUAACCCCGUCGCACAUCUACACUACAUUUUUUCAACACCAAGAAUCUUUCUCCAAAAAACACGAACGCCUUUCAAAGGUUAGAACCGAGAGAAAAAUUCAACGGCUACUUGAGAGAGUUGAAAUUGAAAACACAAUCAAUUUCACCCCGAACGAUGCUUGGAUACGGAACACCACUAAUGUGGAAGUUCCCAAUGAAACCAAAAUUUUACUAGGAUACGGUCCCAAGUUUGCAUUGCCGGUGGAAAAUAAUCAAGAAAUUCCAUAUUUCAAGAUUAUUGCAGACUUGGAAUCUAUCCUUAAACUAGAGCCGGAUCCCAUUCUCCAAGCGGCCCACCGAAACCAGUUCACCAACAUCUUGCAAAACUACGUGAACAAGAGAAAAGGUACACAUUUCAAUACUACCUCUAAAUAUGUCGAUCACUUUAUGAUUGAAGCGCUUAACACAAGUAAGAAGUUCAUACGUGAUCAUCCAGACGUGUAUAUUGUACCGGCUGACAAGGGGAAUAAAACUGUCAUCAUGAUGAGAGAUGAGUAUGAAGAGAAAAUGCAAACUCUUGUCAGCGAUGUCAAUACAUACGAAAGGAUCGAUACGGACUGGACGAACAAAAUACAAGCACAAAACAACAAGCUUGUGAAUAAGCUGUUCAAUCACAAAAUGAUCGACCAACAAACCAGGUCUCGGUUGGUCUCUUACCAUGCGACUUGUCCGAAAAUCUAUGGGCUUCCCAAAAUACACAAGCCGGACAGUCCGCUGAGAGUCAUACUAUCGUGUAUAAAUUGCCCAACGUAUGAUCUCUCAAAAUAUCUCGCAGACAUUCUACGCCACUCGAUAGACCAAACCAAAUACAAUGUGCAAAAUUCCUACGAAUUUUGCACAUUUAUAAACAACGUCACCUUGCCCCCGGGCUAUGUAUUGGUAUCGUUUGACGUAGUAAGUUUGUUUACAUGUAUUCCGCGAGACAUCGCAAUCGAAGCGGUACGAAAUAAUUGGAGUCUGAUCGAGAAAAACACCACCAUAAAGAAUGUGGAUAUGUUCGUUGAAUUGAUAAAUUUUAAUCUCUCCUCCAGCUAUUUCGUGCACCGCGGCAGUUUCUAUCGUCAGAAAGCAGGCACGGCAAUGGGCAACCCAUUGUCUCCUGCGCUUGCAGAUCUGGUGAUGGAAACGCUACUCGAUCACGUGCUCGGUGCGAUCGAUAUACCCAUCCCGUUUCUGAAAAAGUUUGUCGACGACCUCAUUACCGCUCUCCCAAUCGAAAAGAUUGAACAUGUGAAGAAUUCUCUUAACGGGUUUAAUCCACAUAUUCAAUUCACGUGUGAAAUUGAAGAGAAUAAUAAGCUUGCGUACCUUGACAUGUUGCUUAUACGCACAGAACAACAGACGAUCACCACGGACUGGUACAAAAAGCCUGUUGCGUCGGGACGCAUUUUGAAUUAUUUCUCGUUUCACCCACUCACACAAAAAUUAAACACGGCCACCGGUUUCAUUGGGAGAGUGUUUCGGCUGUCGACAUGCAGAUCAGAAAACGAGAAGAAGGAUUUGCUCAACAAUAACUAUCCGAGUGCGUUGAUAAAUCGGCUUGUAAACCGAUUUAUCAACCGAAGCACCAAUGUACCUAAUGAUAGUGGCAAUACUAAUCCUGAACCAAAAACAUAUCGAUCUCUCCAUCACGUUGAUAACCUUACUCCGGCUCUUGCGAAAGUUAUUAAAAGAAACUUUCCCAGCAUCACACUAAGUUUCAAAUGCGUCAAAACCAAUAGGUUGUUGUUUUCCAAGCUAAAAGAUAAGACGCCACAGUUGGAGCAACGGAAUGUGAUUUAUCGCAUCCCCUGCAUUGACUGCGACGCUUCCUACAUUGGCUUGACAACACAGCAACUAAAAAACCGCCUCUCUGGACACCGAUCACUCAUCAAUCGGUAUACAGAGCUGAAGUCUUCUGAUCCACUCGAGGCGAAUGAGAGGGAGGAAGAAUUCAAAAAGACGGCUUUAAUGGUACAUGCGAUUGAGAACGAUCAUCGUUUCGAUCUGUCGAAAACAAAGAUCGUAGAACAGGACAACCGGCUACAAGCGCUUCAAAUACUCGAAAUGUGUCACAUCUUUUGUGACAACACAACGGUAAAUUUCAGAACCGACACGAGCAAUUUGAAUGUAGUUUAUUCGGGUUUCCUGCACUCAAUCGCGGACGAAGGGCGAUAA